CGCGGCAUCCUUUUUGCUUGUGAAGAAUGUGCUGCUCAAAUUUGCAGAUACAUAAUUGAGGUAAGUUACCAAACAUAUUAAACUACAAUGUUGUGAUAGAACUGAGUGGCUUGCUGAAAUGUUUAUAAGCAAAAUUGGGUUACAUUUUCAAAUGAGAAGAACUUGGAGGAAGGCUAUAUUUGUAACAGUUUAGCCUAUCAUGAAGGAUGUUCUUUUAAAGUUGCAGUAUUUCAUGAGUUGAUAGAGUAAAAGGUAAAUGAUCAUUAGGGUGUUGUGAAACCUGUGAGCAUAGCUUAACCACUUUCCAAUUUCUUUUGUAAUGUUUGUUUCAAAAGGAUCCAUAACUUGAAAUAGUUCUUAAUUUUUAUAAUGAAGCAGUAGCAGUGGUAAUCUUUGAGCUUUAUUGCUUUGAAUAAGGCCUUAGAUAGAUGGUUGUAUUCAUCUAUUUGGAGCUACUUAAGAAGGAUAAGUUUAAGCACAGUAAAAUGGAACAAAUUUGGUUUGAAAUGGUUUUUGAAAAUUGAAGAGAGUAGCGACUCUGAGACUGAGAGACGGGUUCUAUUGAAUUUGGCCUUUGAAGUCAGAGAUAUCAGAAAGAAAGACAUCUCUGUACUAAACCUUUCAGAAGUAAGUGUUGAAAUUUGAUAUCCAUGGCCUGUUAGAGAGAAAAAAAUCAGCAUCUCUUAAGAUAAAAGGUGGCAUGACUCAUAAUAUAAUUUGUAAUUAUCUAAAUUAAUCUGAAUAAUGAGUUAAUUAAUUUCAAUAAAUAUUGAAAUUAAGUUAAUAAAAUAUAUAUGAAUUCCUAUUUCAUGGGAUAAUGCCACGUAGUCUCUUGCUGAAGGAGUUACAUUACAUCCCGUGUGAGCACGUCUCACCUUGCCCCUUCUGCCUGUAUAAUUUUUCACUGAAUUAAUCCAGAAAUCUGUCAGUUUUCUGCAAUUGUGUUAAGAUUUCCGAUCAUCAAAUCAGUAUGACUGCUCUGCCUCUGCACCGUGAUUAUCAUGAAGUUCGCAUUGUAUGGCGGCGGCAGGCAGGCAGCAUCCUCUACAUGAAGGAGGAGUCAACAGUUAGACAUGCGGGGCCCACAGUAUUGAAUUCGGUUGGAGUAAAAUUUGCCUUAUUUAAGGCACAACGAAAUCCGCAUUUUUCGGCCUCAAGGGGAAGCUUGGGUGAUACGAGUCGGGCCCUGCCCAAAAGCUGUAUUUCUUUUUCAUUCUCACCUUCAAAUACAGUACUGACCAUAUCCACAUUUCGGUUGCUUUUUCUUCGAGGCUCUGAGUAACAGACUCUUCUAAUUUGGCUUUGUUUUAGUUUUUUCCCUGAAGAACAGAAAAAAUGGCGCCCAACAGAACCAACAAGAGGUUGCCUGAAUUUUUCAAGGUCUACAUCCCAAUGCGCAGCUCUUCCUGUUUGAAAAUCCCGGAUGCUUGGGUACAACACUUGAAUGCAUUGCCAAAGAAUGUUGAUCUCCAGAAUCAAAUGGGAAAAGUUUGGCAUAUGAAAAUCAGAUAUACUGACAAUGGGGUUUUUUUUGUGAAUGGCUGGCAGAAGUUUGUGGAAGAUAAUUCUUUAGAGUUUGGAGAUUUUCUAAUUUUUCAACAUAAUGGUGAUGGUAGAUUCAAUGUUAAGAUUUUGGGAAAAUCUGGCUGUGAGAAGAGUGAAACUGGUCCUCUUGUGGGCUUUGAUAUAAAGGAGGAGGAACAAGAGGAUGAGCAUGAAACUGUUGAUGUUGACCUUGAUGAUGAUCAUAAUAUUGACAAUGAUGACAGUGAAAGUAAUGUUGAAGAGGAGGAGGAAAUAGAACCAAAAGUAAUAGCUACAUUGCACCAUAGAGUCGAAAUGAUUUGUGGGAAUGAUGGAGACAAAUCCAAGAAAAGUGCCGGUGUCAGGGCAAGAGUGCCCCGAGAAUCUGACAGUGUCUUGACCAGGGAGGAAGUGAGACAAUAUGUUAAUCAUCAAAAUCCCUACUUUGUGACAAAGCUUAGCAAAACCAGGAAAAACCUACUGUUUGUUCCAUCUUAUGUGUUGAAAGAUUUUGGAAUUCAAUUGGCUGCACAAGUAACCUUCCUUGAUGAGUUGGAGAGGAAAUGGCCUGGGACAGUUAUGUACUGGAAGGAUGGUCGAAUCUGGAUUAAAGGAUGGAGACAAGUCUGCCGGUGGAACCAUGUGCAAAAAGAUGAUCGUUGCAUAUGUGAAUUUCCACUAGCAAUUGGGAGAAGCAAUAUAAUUCUGGUGCAUAUUGUCCGAGGUGUUGGUUCACAAAGCCAACCCACCAACCAAGAACCAAAUCAGACUAACCAGUGAAAUAAGGAUUAUAGUCUAGUUUAAGUUUCCACAGCAAGCUCUGCUAAUGUUCAUGUAAAUGUUGUGCUUUCGAGAGCAAAAAGUGUUAUGAAAUGAUGAACAAGAUUUAGAGUUUUUCUGGGUCACUGUUGUCAAGGGUUGGGUAGGGCACAAGUUAGUUUGAAAAAGGCUCUUGUCAAAUUGCAUUAUUACGAAGUCUCUACAACUAUUUACUUUGUUGAACCAUGUAAAAAUUAUGGUGGUCUUCUUUAA